AAAAUAAAAAAAAAGUAAAUUUAUACCUCCGUAUACUCAACAUAGAACGCUGAGCAGAGUACUUUAAUAAAAAUUAAUUUUUUUGCUCAUCAAAGAUGUUACUUACAUCAAAAUAAGUGAUUGUGCAAACUCAUAAUACUUGUACGUGACUAUUAAUAUUAAAAAGAAUUACAAGAAAAAUCUCAACAAUGAGCAAAGAAAAUGGAAGCGGCGAUGCCGCUAAAAAGAAAACCAUCGAAGGUAUUUACCAGAAGAAGUCCCAGUUGGAACACAUCUUGCUCCGUCCUGACACAUAUAUCGGCUCUGUCGAGCCAGUGCACGAGCUCAUGUGGGUCUUCGACAAAGAGAAAGAAAUGAUGGUUCAAAAAGAGAUAAAAUACGUCCCGGGAUUAUACAAAAUCUUCGAUGAAAUCCUAGUCAACGCCGCUGACAACAAGCAACGCGACCCCAAAAUGGAUUCCAUAAAAAUAGACAUCGACGCCGAGAACAACACAAUAUCUGUCUGGAACAACGGAAAGGGAAUCCCGGUCGUAAUCCACAAAGAAGAGAACAUGUACGUGCCCACAAUGAUCUUCGGGCAUCUCUUAACUUCAUCAAACUACGACGAUGCAGAAGAGAAAGUUACUGGUGGUCGAAACGGGUACGGAGCUAAGCUUUGUAACAUAUUCAGUCAUCGCUUCACCGUCGAAACUGCCUCUAGAGAGUACAAAAAAUCCCUCAAGCAAACUUGGGGCAACAAUAUGAGCAAAGCUAGCGAGCCCAGAAUAAAAGAAUUCUUCGGGGAAGAUUUUACUAAAGUAACUUUCUCCCCAGAUCUUACGAAGUUUAAAAUGGAGGCUUUGGAUAAUGAUAUUGUAGCUUUGAUGUCACGUCGUGCUUACGAUGUCGCUGCAUCAGCUCGAAGGGUCAAAGUUUAUUUAAACGGCACACGAAUACCUGUAAAAAAUUUCAAGGAUUACAUCGACUUGUACAUCAAAGGAAAAGAAGACGAUGCUGGCAAUCCUUUAAAAGUAGCUUACGAAAAUUGCGAACCUCGCUGGGAAGUCGCUGUUACUCUUUCGGACAAGGGAUUUCAACAAAUGUCCUUUGUUAAUAGUAUUGCGACCACAAAAGGCGGGCGACAUGUUGACCAUGUCACAGACGCGCUAGUUAAAAACCUCACUGAAACUUUAAAGAAGAAAAACAAGGGCGGAAUCACAAUAAAACCCUUCCAAAUCAAAAACCACAUGUGGGUGUUUAUAAAUUGUCUUAUCAACAAUCCAACAUUCGAUUCUCAGACUAAAGAGCACAUGACCCUCCAGCAGAAAUCUUUCGGCUCUAAAUGCGCGCUGGGAGAGAAAUUUAUCACUGCAAUUACUAAGAUAGGAAUUGUAGAGUCCGUUUUAUCUUGGGCUAAAUUCAAAGCUGACACUCAGUUGCAGAAGCUUGGACCCAAGUCCAAGCAGAGAAAGCUCCAGGGAAUCCCCAAGCUUGAAGACGCUAACGAUGCUGGUACUGUUAAAUCCCUUGACUGUACUUUGAUUCUUACUGAAGGAGACUCCGCUAAGACUAUGGUCAUCUCCGGGCUUGCUAUUAUCGGCAGAGACAAGUACGGAGUCUUUCCACUGCGUGGUAAAUUGCUAAAUGUCCGGGAAGCUACUCACAAGCAAAUUUUAGAAAAUGCGGAGAUUAAUAAUAUCAUUAAAAUUCUGGGGCUUCAGUAUAAAAAAAAAUACGAGACUAGGGAUGAUUUAAAGACACUGAGAUACGGUAAAGUUAUGAUUAUGACAGAUCAGGAUCACGAUGGCUCGCAUAUUAAGGGUUUGUUGAUAAAUUUUAUCCAUCAUAAUUGGCCUUCUUUGCUAAGGAUGGGAUUUGUGGAGGAAUUUAUCACGCCUAUUGUUAAAGUUAAAAAAGGGUCUCAGAAAAUUUCAUUUUUUUCACUGCCUGAGUAUGAAGAGUGGAAAAAAGAGACUCCGAAUUCUCACUUGUGGAAGCCUAAGUACUACAAGGGUUUGGGAACUUCAACAUCUGCUGAAGCUAAGGAAUACUUCAGCGACAUGGCAAGGCACCGAAUUAAAUUUCGUUAUGAUGGGAAUCAAGAUGAUGAAAAUAUUAUCAUGGCGUUCAGUAAAAAAUGCGUUGACCAGCGUAAAGAAUGGCUGACUAAUUUUAUGGAGGAGACAAAACGCCGGAAUGAAAUUGGCCUGGGUGAAAAAUUUCUGUAUCAGAAAGACACCAAAGCUGUUUCUUUCACGGACUUUAUCAACACCGAGCUUGUACUCUUCAGUAAUUACGACAACGUUCGUUCGAUACCGAGCAUGGUUGAUGGGUUAAAGCCAGGUCAACGGAAAGUAAUUUACACUUGUCUGAUCAGGAAUGAUAAAAGUGAAGUCAAGGUUGCGCAAUUGUCUGGAGCAGUUGCUGAAAAGACGCUUUAUCAUCACGGAGAAGUCUCGCUUCAGACUACUAUUGUUAAUUUAGCGCAGAAUUUUGUCGGCUCUAACAAUAUUAAUUUACUCCAGCCACGUGGUCAAUUUGGAACUAGAUUAAACGGAGGGAAAGAUUGCGCUAGCGCGCGUUAUAUUUUUACGAUGCUCAGCCCGUUAGCGAGAUUUAUUUUUCAUAAGCAUGAUGAUGCGCUGCUGAAGCACGAGUAUGAUGACAACAAAAAAAUAGAACCGGUUAAUUAUGUCCCCGUGAUACCCAUGGUUCUUGUAAAUGGAGCUGAUGGAAUCGGCACUGGCUGGAUGACUAAAAUUCCCAAUUACAAUCCUAGGGAGAUAAUUGAGAAUUUAUUUAGAAUGAUGGACGGAAAUGAGCCCAAGCCUAUGAAGCCUUUUUACAAGAAUUUUAAAGGGACUAUUGAGUCCUGUGGAGAGUUCCGGUAUGUUAUUUCUGGAGAAGUUUCUGUUAUUGGUCCGGAAAAAAUUCAGAUUACUGAACUGCCAAUUGGGACUUGGACGCAGACUUACAAAGAGGCUGUGCUGGAGCCUAUGUUGAAUGGCAGUGAAAAGUCAUCGGCUUUGAUCACUGAUUACAAAGAGUAUCACACUGAUACUGAAGUCCAUUUUGUUAUUAGUAUCAAUAGAGAUAAGUUGGUGGACUUGGAGAGAGAUGGACUUCAUAAGGUUUUUAAACUUCAGACUACUAUGCCUAUUACUUCUAUGUGUGCGUUUGACGAAAAUCAAUGCUUGAGGAAGUAUGAUACGGUUAUGCAGAUUUUUAGGGAGUUUUAUAAAUUGAGACUUGAGAUGUAUGAAAAGAGGAAGAAUUAUUUGAUGGCUAUGUUGCAAGCUGAAGCGGCUAAGUUGACUAAUCAGGCUAGAUUUAUUUUGGAGAAAUGCGAUGGGGAUUUAAUUGUGGAGAAUAAAAAGAAAAAGGAGAUGAUUGCGGAGCUUGUGAGGAGGAAUUAUAAUUCUGAUCCGAUUAUGGCUUGGAAGUUACAACAGAAUCGGGAUGAAGUAUUGGAAGCUCAAGAAGAAAUAGCUGAGGAGCAAGACGAUGAAGAAUUAGCAUCUGCAGCGGCUCUUGAAAAGGAGAAUUUUGAUUACUUGCUGGGUAUGACCAUGUGGUCAUUGACGAGAGAAAAGAAGGAUGAAUUGUUGAAGCAGAGGGAUGAAAAAGUCGCUGAAGUCCAGAGACUUCAAGGAAAGACGCCGAUAAGUCUGUGGAGAGAAGAUCUUGAUGCGCUAUUGGCUGAAAUGGAUAAAGUUGAAGCUAAAGAGGCUAAAGAAGAUGGAAAAUCUGCUAAGCUUAAUAAGAAGCCUGUUAAAAUACCCAAAGCUGAAAAUAUUCGUAAAAUAGAACCAGUUGUAGACAAUGAGUUGAAGAAACGUAUCGAGAAAGCCGAUGCAGUUUCUAAAGAUAAGAAAGAUGGAAUUAAAAAGCAGCCUAGAAUAAAGAAAGAAGCUAAAUCUCAAGAUGAAGGUGAUGAAAUUGACGCUAUGAUUGAAGAACAUGCAAAGCCUUUACACGAACGUGCGGGAAUAACGUUGGAUAAAGUUGAUAAAAAGGGAGGAAAGAAAGGAGGCAAGCAAACAACUUUGCCGUUCAAACCUGUGAAGAAAGAUAAGAAGAGAAAGUCUAAGGGCAGCAGUGACUCUGAAGACGAUGGAUCGGAGGUUGAUUUUGAUUCUGUGUCGCCUUCACAGCCGGCUCAGCCCAGGACACCCAGGCGAGCUGCUGCAGCUCAGAAGAAGUACAAUUUAGAUAGCGAAGAGUCUGAGAGCGAUGCUGUGCUCUUGUCUUCAGAUGAGGAUAGCAAGAAGAAGAAACCCGCUCCAGCUCCUCAGCAACCACCUGCUAAGAGCAUGUCUGUUACCAGUGAUUCUGAGAAUGAAUUUCAGAGUGAGAAAAAAUUAACUAAACCUACUUCUUCACAUCCAGUUUUGAAUAGUGAUGAUGAGGACUCUGAUGAUCACUUCAAAGCAUCUGCUAAACCGGCACCGAAAAACUCUGAUGAGCUUUUUGAUUCUUUAAUUGGGAAAGAUACUGUUAAGAGUUCGCCUAGCACUUCCGAAGAUAAUUCUCCGGCCAAGCCAGAACCUGUUGCUAAAAAAUCGCGCGCUCCUGCUAAGAAGAAGAAUGAAAAUGCUAAUGGGAAAGGUGGUAAGAGAAUUGCUAAGAAAUUCCAAACUUCGGACUCUGAUUCUGAUGAACUGUUCUCUAACAAAGCUGCACCGUCAAAGAAAAAAGCAAAAAAAAUAGACAGUUCAUUAGAAGAUUCACCAUCACCGAGAAAAACCAGCGGACGAGCUCGCAAAGUAGCUUCGUAUGCUGACUCUGAUUCUGAUUAAACAUAGGGUAUAAAAACUAAUUACAUUAGACUAUAUUAAAUAAUAUAAGAUAAUUUUAAAAAAACCUUUAACUUUUUUUCUUUUAACAAUUUGUCAAUUACGAAGUUAAGUUCAAUAUAAAAAAUUAUGAAUUUUUCAUAUAAUAUAUAUUCAAAUCUCAACACGAAUAACUUGAAAAAAAAAAAAACAAAAUUAUCAAUAUGUACAGAAAAUAAUCAAACUUUUCAUUUAAUCGUUUAGAUUAAUCCAUAUUUGCUUUUUUUCCACAAUUAACAAUUUAUAGUAUAAGAUUCAACAUGCAAUUUUACUAGAUUUACGUUUUAGAUUUUAAUUAAAAUUAAUCUUUUUAUUCUCUAUUAUUAAAAAAAAAAAAAAAAAUUAAUUAAUGCAUUAGAAAAAUAACUAACAUACUUACUUUAAUUUGUAAUUCAUUCCAUUUUACUUAAUUUAUAUUAAUAAAUGUUCUUUUUGUUUAGAAAAAAAUAUUUAUACUUAUCAAUAAAUAUAUCUAAGAGUUAAUUAUACUAACCGUUAAUAAUCCGAGGAUUUUUCAUACUCAAAUCUGUAUUAUCAAUAUUAUAAAUAAAAAAAAAUGUAUUAGUUUGUAUGUGGAGUGACUGCAAUGUCACCAACAAAAAGUGAUAUAUUUAUAUUGAUAUUUUUUUUUAAGACUUGUGUUAAGAAUAUUUGAAAGAUUGUAAAUUUAGACUUAAUAAAAAAAAUUAAAUUAGA